AAAUACAGCUGCAACUGGUUUGAGUUUUUUUUAAUUCUAAUUAAUAUGUAUUUUAUUAAAUUUGUUUCUGAUGAAAAAUGGACCGUUAAUUGUUGCAGAAAUGGGUUUAGCAAUAUCUAGGCUUAUAAAGCAAUUGUUUGCAAGAAAAGAAAUGAGAAUUCUGAUGGUGGGUUUGGAUGCAGCUGGAAAAACAACCAUUCUCUACAAAUUGAAGCUUGGAGAGAUUGUUACUACCAUACCUACUAUUGGUUUCAACGUGGAAACUGUUGAUUACAAAAAUGUUAGCUUCACUGUUUGGGAUGUUGGAGGACAGGACAAGAUUCGACCAUUAUGGAGACAUUACUUUCAGAACACACAAGGUCUUAUAUUUGUGGUUGAUAGCAAUGACAGGGAAAGGAUUUCAGAAGCUAGAGAUGAGUUGCAUAGGAUGUUGAGUGAGGAAGAACUAAGGGUAGCAACUCUGCUUGUGUUUGCAAAUAAACAAGAUCUUUCGAAUGUGUUGACUGUUUCAGAAAUCACUGAUAAACUUGGUCUCCACUCACUCCGCCAGCGCCGGUGGUACAUUCAGUCAACCUGUGCCACUUCUGGGCAAGGACUUUACGAGGGUCUUGAUUGGCUGUCGAGCAACAUCUCUAGCAAGGGUUGAUAUUUGCUGUAAUAAAUGAUGGAUAAUUUAAGUACUGGGAUGAAAUCAAUAGUAAUUGUAAUAAUAUAAUUAUAACCAAAUUACUAUGAUAAGGUGUGUAGAUAAAAUAAAAAUAAAAAAUCCCAAUUAUUGCUGCUGUAAAAUCGAUGAUUUAUUCAGAUACUAUUUAUUUACAAUUAGGCAAAAUACAUGUUUAGAGCACUA